UUAGAAAGCCAUUCGCUUGCUAAAUUGGCAAUUCGUGAAUACUUUAUCGUUAUCGUGACGCUGAUAAGAAAAACAGACAUGCUUUUUACAGUUGUAUUUGUGUCACUGAUUACUCGAGUUGUGUGCCGGAUUUCGAUGUAUCACCUGCCAUUACGCGCUGAUAGAAUACUCACGUGUAUCGAUUCGCGUAAAGAAAUGUGCGACGUGUUCUGUGAUAUCUUGUAAAUAUUGUAGUUUUGCCUCGAUUGACAUAUGUGAGAAAUCGAAUGAGCAAUUGAUUCUUCGCAAAUAAAGUGCAAAUUGAAAAAAAUAUAUAUUCUUUCUUGAAAAAAAAACUUUUACAUUUACGAUUUUAAUCGUAAUUUAUUUAUGUGUGUGCGCGCGUGCGUGUGUGUGUUAUUGAUUAAAUAUAUUGUAUAAGCCUAUUUAACAAGAUGAAGUUUCACACAUCGUUGCUAUUUAUUUUGACGGUGAACUUGUAUUUUAUGAGAACAUGCCUGAGUGUCGACACGAAGAUACUGAGCUUGUGCACGGCUCAAAGUACUUGCGAGAAUUGUUUAGAAGUGAGCUCGGCUUGUGCCUGGUGCAGCGACUGGUCAUAUUCGAAUUCGACGUAUGGGAAACCGAGAUGCAACGUGCCAGAGCGUCUGCGCGCAUUUGGCUGCCCGGACGUGGAAAUCCGUACAGCACCACCAGGAUCGUUUCAAGUGUUGGUAAACGAGGACUUCCAGGAUGUCUCUGAUAGCCACACGGUACAGUUGAAACCGCAAAAACUGCAGCUUAGGAUUAGACCGCGAUCUAAUCAAGUGAUGACGCUCCAGUACAGGCUCGCUAAAUUGAUGGUACUUUCAACCUAUACAUAUAAUGCUUCUAAAGUUUUCUGACAAUGUUAAUACUUUGUCUUUUUGUUUAUUUUAAAUUUAAUUUAUAUAUUUCUUUGUCUAUAUAUUAGUUUAAGAAAAGCGUAGAUCAGCUUCAGAGGAUUAAUAUCUAUUUCUUUCACUUAUUUUCAUAUAUUGUACGGAUAUCUAAUCUGUACGGAUAAUCUGUAUCUAUUGUGCGGAUCUCUAACUUUUCUAAUUCUAAAUAUAAUAAAUUUCUUGGUUUAUUGUAUCUAUACUACACCUAAACAAUACGUGUUUUAUAUCUUGAAUCUCUACUGCGCAUUUAUACCUAGGAUCAUCUACAUAUUUAUUCGUCCAUAAAAAUUCAUUCGAAUUAUAAUAGUUUGAUUUAAGCCUAUUUACCAUGGUUAUAAGUCGUCUAUCUAAAUUGACCUUGGUAAACCUAGUAAAAUAGAAUUGUUCUUUGUAUCUGCCUUCUAUCUCUAUUCUGUUUCUCGUUGUUUCAAACAUACUUUCUUUACGUAAGGCUCUCCAAUCUUUAAACCUGGGACCUUGAUUUUCUGAUUCUGGUCAUCUUCUGUGGCUUCCUUCGCUAACCCGUCUGCUAUCUCAUUCUUAUAUGACUUGGAAUCCAAUCAAUUACUACUUUCAUCCUAUUCAUGCUCUCUACGUCUAUAUUAUGUAUUAUAUAUAUCCUUUCUCUUAUUUUAAAUAUAUAUCUCUUUUUGUAUAGCGACCCUGGUGA